ACGAGGUUUCGUGACACGUACGAAGAAAUGAGAAAGAGUGCAGUUCUAGAGAACUCCCUAGUAUAUAUCUCGAACUUCUGAAGGAGUCAAGGAUUUGCUUCGUCAGAAAACCCCGAUCCCUCUAAAAUCUUCGCAUCUUUCCAUCUGUCCACUACAUCAGACGAUCCAAGAAUUCGCCUGAAAAUUCUAGCUAGGAAAAAAAAAAGUUCAGGUAAAGAUGGUUACGUCGUCUGUGGUGAAUACGUAUCCACUGUCGAGCUACACCUUCGGCACUAAGGAGCCGAAGAUGGAGAAGGACACUUCCGUCGCUGACCGCCUGGCUCGUAUGAAACUCAACUAUAUGAAGGAAGGCAUGAGGACUAGCGUUGAAGGAAUCUUGCUGGUACAGGAGCAUAAUCAUCCUCAUAUUCUGCUUUUGCAAAUUGGGAACACAUUCUGCAAACUACCUGGUGGUCGUUUGAAACCAGGAGAAAAUGAAACUGAGGGGUUGAAAAGGAAACUGUAUAGCAAACUUGCAGCUAAUUCUACUGGACUUCAGUCUGAUUGGCAGAUAGGAGAGUGUGUGGCUGUGUGGUGGAGGCCUAAUUUUGAGACCAUAAUGUACCCGUAUUGCCCUCCACACAUAACCAAACCCAAGGAGUGUAAGAAACUUUUCCUUGUUCACUUGUCAGAAAGAGAGUACUUUGCAGUGCCAAAAAAUUUAAAACUUCUUGCUGUUCCAUUGUUUGAGCUUUAUGACAACGUUCAGAGAUAUGGACCUGUGAUAUCCACCAUCCCGCAACAGCUGUCAAGAUUUCAAUUUAACAUGGUUCACACAUAAACUUCAUCAUUUGAUACUAAAGGACUAGAAAUCUGAUUGUGUGUGUGUGUGUGUGUGUGUGUGUGUGUGUUGAUGCUGAUGAUCAAGUGGGUGUCUCUUAAUAGAUGUUUAUCAUCGAUUAGUAAUUUAAUAGUUUAAACAACUUAAUGUCUCGUGUAUACUCUAUAAAAAGUGGUUUACUUCACGUUUAUGUAGCAGGGAAUUAAUUAAUAUAUGAAGCAAGCAAGUCGGAUUUGUGAGGUUAAACUUAAACUAUACUUGUGAUGUGUAUGCGACUAUGGUAUGUAGAAAAGUACGC